GAAAAGGUUAUACAUACAGUGAUCGAUCAUCCCUCUAAAGUUUAUAGAAUACCUGAUACUUACGAAUGUAUUGAUGGUAACCAGCCUCUUCAUUUGAUUAUUGAUAUUGAUACAAGGCAAAAGCCUGAUCCUACAAAUCCUAAAGUGCCUUCUUUAGAUGAUAAAAAAAUUACAUGA